AUGGCAGCAGUUGAAACAGUCUGCUCCCGAUGCCAGGGUAAGGGACAUCGUGCGGUGGAUUGUCACCUACCCUUCUUCCGCAGUUGUCAGUACUGCAAGACUGCGGGUCACUCUGCCAAGGAGUGUCCGCUCUUGCGACACUGUACUUACUGCAAAUGCGAAAGCCACACCAAUCGCAACUGCGCCAAGCUACUGGCGAAAAGAGCCAAGGCACGAGCGUCAGAGGAUUCAAAGAGUGAGACGUCUGAGGCCAGCAAUGGUCAGUCUGGUGUGAGCACAGCUUCAGCAUGGGCAUCAUGUGCAUCACCUCCCACGAAGCAUUGGAAGCAAUGGACUGAACCACAGAAGUGUUGGAUGCAAGCCUUGACUGCAGAUGAAGAAAAACAGGCACGCAAAGUCGAGAAGAAGCUGCGCGAGAUUGCAGCUCUGGAAGCUCGGCUUGCUAAAGGUGAAACUUUGGAAUACUUGCAGCAGAAGAAGGUUGACAAGAAGUCAGAGUUUGAGGACUGUGAGGUCAUGCGCAAGUUGCGCUCUGGCUAUAGACGCUGUGACCUACCAGCCAAAAGCCUGAUUGAGAAAUCUUCCAAGAAGGCGGAAACAUCCGAGACCGUGGCGGCUGCACAGAAAUCGGCCCCUGCACCUGAUAAAUCUGAGAUGGAGGCACCUGUGGACGUGCCUAUGGACCUGAGUGGUGCAGCAGAGGCCCCGUCAGUACUGCAAGGCUCGGAUGAGACCGUGCCGCCUUGUGUGAGCGGACCCCAAUAUGAGCGGGCCAAGCCGCAUUUCGUGGCACCGUCAGAGACGGCUGAGGAGCCCUUGCUCGAAGCAGCAUCCCACAACCUACCAGAUACUUGGGUUGAUGUGGAAGUCUCAAAACCCAAAAGGGACAGGGGCAAGCAGGCGGCCAACACGUGCAUUGGCACAGCACACGGUUGUCUAAGAUGCGCAUUGACAGUGUCGCGAGUUUCAUGUGCGGAAACAUGGUCCUUUUCUCUUCAAGCUUUGAUUUCGGUCUGCGGGCGGGGGCCGUUUGAUGGAUUGUUCCGGGGUACGCGACAAGAUGCCCUAAGAUUAUCCUGUUCUAGUAUCUUCAGGUGA